AUGAGAUCAUCAAACAAAUUGCCCACUCCAUCGCUUCCAUCGACCGAUUGGUUUCUCAAUUUGAAGCCGAUUCUUCCAUCAUUCUCUUUACCAAAUGAUGAAACAUUGAAUUGUCUUCCAUCAACAAGCAAUAAUCAACUGCCAAAAAAGACUCAAGAUCAUCAAGAGAAUCAUCGAAAUUUGACGAAUUCUUCGAUUCUCUUGUUUUCAAAUGGGAAAUCUAUCGAAAGGUCAAAAUUCAUUGGCACAAAUGGUAAUUCAGUGAUGUUGACGCCACCGCACACGCCGGAAGAUGGAUUGAAGGUUGGUGUUAACGAUUUAUGUGUG